AUGACUGAUGUAAGACACCCUUCGUUUCCUUUUCGUCUUCCUUUAAUUCUGUCUAGUUUCUCCUUUCAAUUUUGCCUCUCUUUUCUCUCCAACUCCCCCUCUUUCUUUUCAUUUUCUAUCCUCUCCUCGUUUCUCUUAAUCUCUCCUCAUAUUUCUUUUCUCUCUAUCGCUCUCCCUCUCUUUACGUUUUUCUCUUCCUCUAUCUUUUCUUUCUUUCUUUCCAUAGCUCCUAUCUCCCUCACUCUCUUUUUUCGCCAUCUUUCUUCUCUCUUCUUUCUCUCCCUCUCUUUUAUUCCAUCUCUCUCACUGUCUCUACUCUCUCUUCUUCUCUCCCUCUCUCGUUUCUCUACAUCUCUCUCCCCACCUCAUUUUACUCCAUCUCUCUCUCUCUCUUUCUCUCUCUCUCUCUCUCUCUCUGUCUCUUUUGCUUUCUCCAAAUCUCUUUUCCCCUCUCUUUUCUCUCCUUUCUCUCCCCUUCUCUUUUAUCUCCAUCUCUCUCUCCGUCUCUACUCGUUUCUUCACAUUUCUCUCCCCAGAAAAGUCUCUCCAUUUCUUCUCUUUUCUCUCCCUAUAUCUAAGUUUUCUUUUCAUCUCUCUUCUCCUCUUAUUUGUCUCUCUCUCCCUCUCUUUCUUUCUCUCACCCCCCCCCUCACAGAGCCUCAACACUUUGUCCGUAUUCACUUCUUUCGAUCUUAUUCAACUGACACCGACCGCAACCCGAUGGGACUCGGCUGUCAUAUUGCGUUUGUAGCCGACGGAUUGACACGAGACAUCUACAAUGGGGAUGAUGAACCUCUUCUUGGUACAGGCAUCAAUGCAAUGCCCAUAUGGUGGGAAGCGGGGAUAGAGGAUACACACUAA